AGCCGCUACACGGGAACUGGAGGCAGGAGCCACUAAAUAAGAAGAUAGCGUUAAAAUAACAGCAACAGAAAGGCUUUUACCGCUCUAACUUUAUUUUAUUUUUUCUCCGAGAGUUCUUAAGGCAUCUUAAAUGAGUCUGGUGUUGUAUUUUUGACAGAGUUUCAUCAGCAGGAGGUGUGAGGUCAGGAUACUGUAAGUUAACGUGAAGUGAGAAAGUGCCUUUAACUGAACUUUACGACCGGAAGUCUCAUAAAGUGACUCCAGAAAUAGGAGCAGAGGAAGCGGAGCAGCCGGAGACGUUGGAGAGCAGAAGCACAGAAGUGACAGCAGAAGGUGGAGACAGCAGCAGCCCGGCUGAGAGCGCCGCGUCAUGGGGAAACAGAACAGCAAGCUGCGUCCCGAGGUGCUCAACGACCUCCGGGAGAACACCGAGUUCACCGACCACGAGCUGCAGGAGUGGUACCGCGGCUUCCUCAAGGACUGUCCCACCGGACACCUGACCGUGGAGGAGUUCAAGAAGAUCUACGCCAACUUCUUCCCCUACGGAGACGCGUCCAAGUUCGCCGAGCACGUCUUCCGCACGUUCGACACCAACGGAGACGCCACCAUCGACUUCAGGGAGUUCAUCAUCGCGCUGAGCGUGACGUCCCGCGGCGGGCUGGAGCAGAAGCUGCGCUGGGCCUUCAGCAUGUACGACCUGGACGGGAACGGAUACAUCAGCCGGGCCGAGAUGCUGGAGAUCGUCCAGGCAAUUUACAAGAUGGUAUCAUCAGUGAUGAAGAUGCCCGAGGACGAAUCAACACCAGAGAAGAGGACAGAUAAGAUCUUCAGACAGAUGGACAUUGACAAUGAUGGCAGAUUGUCUUUGGAGGAAUUCAUUAAAGGAGCCAAGAGCGACCCGUCCAUCGUCAGACUGCUGCAGUCGGAUCAGGGAGCCUCUCGCCAGUUCUAGAGACUAUAACACACACACACACACACACUCUGAAACACAGUCACA